AUGGCGGCCGCACGGCACAGCACCCUGGACUUCUCGCUCGGCGCCACAGCGGAUGGCGAAACCAUUCUCAAAGGCCUGCAGCCCAUUUUCCGAGCGCAGGGAAUGAGCGAGUCGGUGCACACCUGGCCGGCCCAUGGCUGCUUAGCAACCUACACCAACGAAAAUGGCAGCUUUGCCAGUUUGAGAAUUUACCCCCACGGCUUGGUGUUGCUGGACAUUCAGAGUUCCGACGGCGAUGCGCAAGGCAGCAAAGAACUUGACAGUCUUCUGAACAAAGUAGAAGAACGAAUGAAGGAGCUGAGUCAGCCGAGGGCGCCGAGGGUGAAGCGAUUGCCACCCAUCGUCCGAGGCGGAGCCGUCGACAGGUACUGGCCCACUGCCGACGGGCGCCUGGUGGAGUAUGACAUCGACGAGGUGCUGUAUGAGGAGGAUUCACCGUAUCAGAACAUUAAGAUUCUACACUCGAAGCAAUUUGGGAAUGUUCUCAUCCUCAGCGGGGACGUCAAUUUGGCCGAGAGUGACGGGGCGUAUACCCGGGCCAUUAUGGGCGGUGGCAACGAAGACUACGCCGGCAAAGACGUCCUGAUUCUGGGCGGUGGCGAUGGGGGCAUUUUAUGCGAAGUAGUGAAACUGAAGCCCAAGAUGGUCACGAUGGUAGAGAUCGACCAGAUGGUGAUCGAUGCGUGUAAGAAAUUCAUGCGCAAAGCAUGCGGCGAGGUCUUAGACCACCUUCAAGGGGACUGCUAUCGGGUCCUCGUAGCAGACUGCAUUCCUGUCCUGAAGAGGUACGCCCAAGAAGGGAGGAUGUUUGAUUAUGUGAUUAAUGAUUUGACGGCUGUGCCCAUCUCCACGUCUCCCGAGGAAGAUUCCACCUGGGAGUUUCUCAGACUGAUUCUUGACCUUUCAAUGAAAGUCUUGAAACACGAUGGGAAAUACUUCACACAGGGGAACUGUGUCAAUUUGACGGAAGCCCUGGCUCUCUACGAAGAACAGCUCGGGCGCCUCUAUUGUCCUGUGGGAUUCUCCAAGGAGAUCGUCUGCGUCCCUUCGUACCUGGAACUGUGGGUGUUUUACACCGUGUGGAAGACGACUAAGCCGUGAAGAUGAACGUCACCCAGCAUGCGUGACCUCCACACGUUGGAUGGCAUCCGAAUGAGUUGGGCAGUUGGUUGCGAAUUCCUUAAGUUUUUUUUUCUUUAUUAUUAUUAUCUUUAAUUUAAAAAAAACAAAUGGAAAAUGUAUAGUUUGAUGCACAAGGGUGGUCUUUUUUUUAAGUCAGUUUAAGGAUGGUCUAGCAGCACAGUCGAGGCAGCUACAUGCACUGAACCCCUAGAAUAAGAUUUUUGUUUACCACCCACCACCACCAAUUUGAUUUUGACUUUGGUAGAUCUUCAAUUUGAAUAUUUGGAGGCAUGAGCAUCAUUAUUUUGUUUCUAAGGGAAGUUCUUUUCCCAAAAUUGACUUCACUAUUAAGAUUUGGUGCUUAUAAAAGAGAGUUAAAUAACAUGAAUACCAUUGCUCCGAUUAAAGUUACAGGGAAAAAAGUAGAAGAAUUUAAACCAUAAAACUCAUAGAAGAAAAAUUAGGAGAUAACCUAAGCAAUGAUUUUCCCAUAUAUAUAAACAUAACACACCUAAUAUCUAAGCGAAGAGAUAUUGGUAUUCAUCACAAUUAAAAUCUUUUGUCAUUCAAAUAUAUUAAAAACAAAAAUGCAAGAACCCUUGAUAAUUUAUAAAUUAUUAUUUUUUCAUG